AUGGCGCAAGCUCCAUCCAGGUCGUUCUUCCAUCUCGCGUCCAAUCCAGUGGCUCCACGUGUCGUUCUCUGCCUAAUUCUGCUAUUCUCCGCCGCUGGAGCUGAAGCCGGCCGGCACGGUGGUUUCGACCCUCUAGUGAACGAGAACGGCGCAGCCGCGGUAUUGCCGGCAACGGCGGAAGAAACGCUGCCAUCUGUCGCUGAUUCCGCGGGAAGUGUGCAGGCCACCGCUACUUCAAUCGAGGACGGCUCGCCAGUGGAAGCGGCAGCGGCGGCGGCUGCGGCGGCGGAAGAAGUGCGUCGCGCGUUGUCGCACGUGCCUGCGAAAGGCUUCGCCGUGUUUCGCCAGCUGCUCAACGAGCGAUACGACGAGAUCGCAUCCGCGUUAGUUACGCCGGUACUAGCGGGACAGCCAAUCACGUUGCUCGUGCCGACCGACGCGUGCUUUCACCCUUCCGUGCAUGCCAAAUUCGAUGCUACUACUGCCACUACAGCUGCGAUAGCUGUAACUGCUGCAGCAAGAGAGGGCCGUGGCCUAUCAGAAGCAGCAAAGAACGAGCGGCCCAUGGGGCACGAGGAUGACGUGGACGAAGAGGAUAAGGCCAGUGACGUGGCGGCAGGUGGUGACGUGGCAGGAAAGGGUGACGUGGCGGGAACGAGAGAAGUGGCGGAUUUCCUGUCGGCGCAUCUGAUGACGGGCGCGCACUGCCACGGGGCAAUGAGAACGGCUACGGGAAACUGGAAGAUGCCUAUGCUGCAUGGUGGUUCGACCACAGCGCGGUUCGAUUCAAAAUACACUUUUCCCGGUGUUCCUGCAAACUACGACAAAGUUCGUGUUUCUUCUCGAGAAGGUUCAGCGAACCUUCCAAUCAUGGCAGCAACGCUAGCGGAUUCCUUUCUGGCGGAUCUAGACGACCUCUCCGACAAUGAAGAGGCGCCUCAGGAGCCCGCUGCAGGCGGGGGAGUGGAUGAGGGGUCGGAUGGCGAAGAGGAGGAAGAGACGAUGGAUUUAGAAGCUCUUAACUAUGACGAUUUGGACGCGGUGGCUAAGCUGCAGAAGUCUGCACGAUACAUCGACAUGAUGCGGAGGGUGGAAGCUGCGUUGGAAGCUUCCGAUGCUCAACUCGCCACUAAUGCAGAAGAGGAGGGAAGUGAACCGAAAACCGAACAGCAAACCCAAGAUCAAGAGCAGAGCGAAGAAAAGAGUCAAGAGCAGCAGGGAUCAACUCCCCCUGUGUCUGCAGCAUCAGCAGCUGCAGCAGCUGUAGCAGCAGGCCUCGCCCCUCCCUCCGCCACCACCUCUACCCCUUCUUCUGCUGCUGCUGCUACAGCCGGUUCUGCUCCUGCUACUACAGCCGCUGCUACAGCUGCUACAGUGCCAAUGGACGAGUCAGAGUAUCAAUUGAUUGUGGAUUGUAACGGGCUGGCAGUGGAUAUUGAUAACGAGAUAACCAUAGUGCAUAACUUCAUUAGGGACAAUUAUCGGCUUAAAUUCCCGGAGCUGGAGUCCCUGGUGCUGCACCCGAUCGAUUACGCGCGCGUGGUCCGUCGGAUCGGCAACGAGAUGGAUCUGACGGUUGUGGAUUUGGAAGGGCUGCUGCCGUCCGCGACGAUCAUGGUGGUGUCAGUUACCGCCUCCACCACUACAGGACGGCCGCUGCCGGACGACGCGCUGCAGAGGACAAUGGAGGCGUGUGACAGGGCCUUGGCUUUGGAUGAUGCCAAGAAGAAGGUGCUCAGGUUUGUGGAGAGCAGGAUGGGAGGCUUGGCACCGAACCUGUCGGCGGUGGUUGGUUCGGCGAUCGCAGCUCAGUUGGUCGGCGUGGCAGGGGGGCUAAUGGCCUUAGCGUCCAUGCCUGCUUGCAACAUUCAGGUCCUGGGAUCCAAGAGGAAAACUCUAUCAGGUUUUUCCACCGCCACCUCCCUCCCCCACACCGGUUUCCUAUUCCACUGCGAGGUCGUCCAAGCCACCCCUCCCCCUCUUCGCAUGCGCGCCACCCGCCUGGUCGCGGGUAAAUGCGCCUUAGCAGCACGAGUCGACGCCACACACGGGGAUCUGAGCGGGGGAGCGGGGAGGGGCCUGCGGGCGGAGAUGGAGAGGAAGAUUGACAAGUGGCAGGAGCCGCCGCCUGCAAAACAGCCCAAGCCGCUGCCGGUGCCGGAUGCUGAACCCAAGAAGAGGCGGGGAGGGAGACGGCUGAGGAAGAUGAAGGAACGCUACGGCAUCACGGACAUGCGCAAGCUGGCCAAUCGCAUGCAGUUUGGAGUGGAGGAGCAGUCAACCCUGGGGGACGGGCUGGGCGAGGGGUACGGCAUGCUGGGGCAGGCGGGUUCGGGGCGCCUCAGAGUGGCUGCUGCUGCCAGCAACCUCAAGACCAAGGUCGCCAAGAAGUUCAAGGAGCGAAGCUACGGCAGCAGCGGCAACACGUCGGGUCUCUCUUCGUCUCUUGCCUUCACGCCCAUCCAGGGCAUAGAGCUGACCAACCCGCAAGCAGCACAGAUGUCUCACCUGGGGAGCGGCACUCAAAGCACCUACUUCUCAGAAACCGGCACCUUUUCCAAGAUCAAGAAGCCGUGA